CCCGGCCCGGCCGCCCAGGGCAGAGGCCGGAGCUGGCGGCGGGAGGGGCGGCGGCGGCGGCGCCGCGGAGACAAAAGGGAGCGGAGCCGAGGAGCGGCCGCUUUGCAUCCCUUCCCGUCAGCCCCGCUCCGCGCUCGCUUCCUGCCGCCGGGAGCGGCCCGGGCGGCACCCGGAACAGGGACCCGCUUCGCCAGCCCAGGCCAUGACCGCCUAGCCGUGGGGUGAGAUGGAACGCUUCACCGACUCUGGAACUCAAACGGAUGCAGUGGUGGUGCUGUCCCUGACCCAGGCCGCUGUCUUGGGCUUGGUGUCUGAGAACGAGUUCUUCGGCGCAACCAUCAGCCCCGGAGGCUUCUUUCCAGGGCUAGGAAAUGAGCUUGCAGACACGGCCACGGUGGAACCAGAGGAUCCGGAAGGCGCUUACAGGCUGCAAAAGGAAGGCUGCGUCCCAGCCGAGGCGCCGGAGGAGGAGGGGCUGGAGGCAGAGACUCCAUUUGAAAAACAUACCCGGAGGAGGAAGCGGCCCCCGGUGAGGCUGGUGCCCAAGGUCAAGUAUGAAAACCCUGCGGGUGCGGAGGAGGAGGCGGCGUACGAAGUGUCCGUCCCUGGCGACAGCAAGGAGGAGACGCAGAACAGCCACCCGCCCAGCCUCGAGGAGUCGGGCUGUGAGAAGACCGUGCAGAGCAGUGCCAUGAAGAUGAUUGACCUGAGCGCUUUUGGCAGGAAGCCCCGGCGCCUGCGGCAUCUGCACAGACACGUGCGGCAGGACGUGGGCCUGGGGAGUUACGACCCCGUCCAGGUUGGUUACGCUGAGGCCAGCGUGGCCGGGGCUCCGGCAAGCACCGGGCCAGAGGCCCUGGGAAGCGAGUGCAGCUUCGAGGCGAACGCUGCGUCUCUGGAGGCGCCCAUGCCCGAGUCGCCAGAGCAGGGGAAGAGCGAGCAGGGCUUUGCGUGGCAGGAGCCAGCGGAUUUUGACGCAGACGCAGCUGGAGUUCACACGGAGCGCAAUAAAAAAGCCCAGCUGGACCGGCUGGACAUCAACGUGCAGAUCGACGACUCCUACCUGGUGGAGGCAGGGGACCGCCAGAAGCGCUGGCAGUGCCGCAUGUGCGAGAAAUCCUACACCUCCAAGUACAACCUGGUGACGCACAUCCUGGGCCACAACGGCAUCAAGCCCCACUCCUGCCCGCACUGCAGCAAGCUCUUCAAGCAGCCCAGCCACCUGCAGACGCACCUCCUGACGCACCAGGGCACGCGGCCGCACAAGUGCGACGUGUGCAGCAAAGCCUUCACGCAGACCAGCCACCUGAAGCGGCACAUGCUGCUGCACAGCGACAUCAAGCCCUACAGCUGCCACUUCUGCGGGCGGGGCUUCGCCUACCCCAGCGAGCUGAAGGCCCACGAGGUGAAGCAUGAGAACGGGCGCUGCCACGUGUGCGUGGAGUGUGGGCUGGACUUCUCCACGCUGACGCAGCUCAAGCGCCACCUCUCCACGCACCAGGGGCCCACGCUCUACCAGUGCCUGGAGUGCAGCAAGUCCUUCCACUACCGCAGCCAGCUGCAGAACCACAUGCUGAAGCACCAGAACGUCCGGCCCUUCGUCUGCACCGAGUGCGGCAUGGAAUUCAGCCAGAUCCACCACCUCAAGCAGCACUCUCUCACGCACAAGGGUGUGAAAGAAUUCAAGUGUGAGGUGUGUGGGCGUGAGUUCACCCUGCAGGCCAACAUGAAGCGGCACAUGCUCAUACACACCAGCGUCCGUCCAUACCAGUGUCACAUCUGCUUCAAGACCUUCGUGCAGAAGCAGACCCUCAAGACCCAUAUGAUCGUGCACUCGCCAGUGAAGCCAUUCAAAUGCAAGGUUUGUGGGAAGUCCUUCAAUCGCAUGUACAACCUGCUGGGACACAUGCAUCUGCACGCAGGGAGCAAACCCUUCAAAUGCCCCUACUGCUCUAGCAAGUUCAACCUGAAAGGCAACCUGAGCCGGCACAUGAAGGUCAAACACGGGGUCAUGGACAUCAGCCUGGACAGCCAAGAUCCCAUGAUGGAACUGACCGGGGCAGAGCACACAGAGCUGGACGCCCAGCAGGAAAUGGAGGAGUACGACGAGGAGAAUGCCUAUGACUACACAGGGGUGGGCAACCCCCCGGACGAGAACGCCCUGACGGAGCAGGCCAUGAAGGAAAUGGCCUAUUACAACAUGUUGUAGCUGAGACGGGGGCCAGGCCCAGCCAGGUGCAGGGCCACGAGAGGGAGUGACAUGGGGAAAACAAGCUCCUGUCCCCCGUUGCAGCAUCCAGAACCAAAAGCCAGGCUCAGUGGGGCCUGCCCCCUGGUGCUCAGCUGAGCCCAGGGAAGCUGAUGCUCCAUGGUGAAGGCUCUGAGCCCUGAUGGUGCCAGGCUGGAGCUGGGCUGCAGGAAGUGGUCGCCUUUAGCCACUGGCUCCUGAGGCUGUCCAGGCUCGUGAGAGUGGGCCUGCCUCUCACCUGGGCCAUCCCCUCUCAGGACCCCUUUUUGUGCCACCCCUCGCCUGGGGGAAGAGCAGAGAGCCCCGUGUUCAUUCCUGCCUGCUCAGGCACUGGACCAGCCUUCAGUCUCCGCUGUGCAGUGGGAGCAUAGUGCUCAGGCCGCGGCACCGGGAGGGAGCGCUGGCUCCUGGGCUCCACCCCGGGGUGCACUGGAAGAGAUCCUCUCUGGCCGCCAUACUUGAAGCCCGAGGUAGGGAAAGGCUUGGUCCAGAACCUGCUGAGCAUUAAUUAUUCUACCUCCUCCCUAGUCUGCUGUGGUGGGGACUGCAGCCCAACCCUGGCUCGGAGACACUUGGACUCAGCCCGCAGCCAGUCCCACUUUAUCCCCCGCUCAGCUCUGCAGCCGCCCCCCACCCCAGGAAGCAGCCAUGCGUGGGAGGAGGGCUCUCUUGCUCUCCUCCCUUUGCCCACACUGGGGCCAGGAACACUUGCUCUGGCAUCCCCCAGGAGUGGGAGGGAGAGCUGGAGCCGGCCCUGUACACAGAGAAUAUUUUCUUAUUGACCCCGGGGGAGGCUCGGGGCUGGGCACUGUGUUAAAGGACAGACCUGUACAAAGCUGAGAAAUGGUGGUAUUUUGAAAGUAAUUUAUUUUUUUCAGAUGCGCUGAGCAGUUAAAGGAUAAAUCCAGCCACCUUCCUUUGUAAAGCUGUGUAACUCGUGUGUGAGCAGGAGGCGCUGGUGGGGAUGCAGGGCUCCUGGGGAGAGCACAUCCUGCACAGGGACCUGCCUGGGCCAGAGGUGCUGUCACUCCCUGAAGGAAAGGGAGCGUCUUUGCCUGCUGCCCAUGAAGAUAGGCCUAGGGAACGCAACAGGGGGAGGCAGUGUCACUGCCCCAGGCUGCUGCUUGGGGAGGGGCUGGGGUGACUGCAGAGGCCCAGGGGGGCUGUGUCGCAGCAGAUGCCAAGGGGGUUAACCCUGGGGGCAGCAGGUGGGGCUGUUACUCCUAAAGCACUGGGAACUCCAGGCUGCAGCCCAGCCCAGCCAGAAUGGCGCUCUGCUGAAAGUCCCUGGCCCAAGAGGUGCAGGAACCAGCCCUGCCCUACGUGGAGGAGCCAGCAAGGCCCAGAGGGAGGGCAGCGGCUGGAAGUGUGUAGAAACAGCAGCUUAGGGAGGCCCUCUCCAGCCUUGCAGCCACUGCUGGCCUUUGCAACCCAGGUGGGGUGGGGGAAGAAGCAGAGACCUUGCCUCCAUGCUACCCCCCUGCAUGGGCUUGGGGCAGCAGUCGACGGCUAGAGUUAUGGUCCAAGCAAGGCAGGCCCCAUGCUAGCUGGCCACAGGCAGGGCAGCUGCUCCUUUGAGGGCUCCAGGGCUGAACACAGGGGAAGACUUUGCCAGUUUCCCAUCUCCUGCCAGCUCAGGACAGUGCCAGCACAGAGGGAGCAGGCCCCAGCAGGGCAGUGAGCAUACAGCUCCCCCCAUGCCCCAGUGGAGGGGCUCAGGCUAGCCCACAACCCACCGAGCCUGCUAAGCACUGCCCAGGCCCUACACGGGGAGCUCAGCUCCUGCAGCUCUAGCUCUGAGGUCACUUUUUCCCCUGCCACAACAAUGCCGAGGGACUCUCAAAGCAGCCCAAAAACUAGGUAGCAAUUCAGCCCUAGCUCCCAUUGCUGGCCCACAUUGCUUGCAGGGGCCGGGGCGCUCCUCGCCCCCCCAUGUCCCCACUUACCAGACAGCACCUGUCCAGCCUGCAGCGUUCACCCUGAAGCACGGCUGAGCCCAGGAAGAGGGAAGGUGGAGCAGGCUCUCUGACUGCCAAGGCAGCCGCUCGCUCCCUCCCGCAUUCUCUACACGGCCUCUUUUAGGGGAGCUGCUCCGCGACUGGGCAGGCAGGCCUGGCCUGGGUGACAGUGGCCCAUGCCUGUCCCUGAGCAGAGGGCAGCAGCAGUGGGCGCAUAGCAGUCUCAUUCAGGCAAAGCUCUCGGGUGCACUGGCGUUCCCUCGCUGGGAGAGCUGUUUAACAAUCAUUCUACAUAACAGCCUUUAGCUGUGGGAUUUCCCAGGCAGGGCUAGGGCCAGCCCCCAGCCUCCCCCUGGCUGGCUGCUAGCCUGGCCCUGCACCUAUCCAAACAGCAGCUUUGGCUGGGGAAGGGGCUGCAGGCAGGGCUCUUACUGGAGGUGAAUGCAGUCCGGGGUAACUUCCUGUGAGAGCUCGCUAGGGCCCCACAGCCCAGCCCAGGGGGACAGCGAGGGGAAUUUGCCACCAGGGGCC